AUGUUCAAAAUGUGCCUCGACGUGGAGCCUGAAGAAACAGCAUGUAACCCUGCUUUCAGACCUAGCUGGGUUGAUAUGGGAAAGACUGUGACAGAAGUAAUUAAGGAUUUCCUAGAUCUCUUGUAUAACCAAAUGCUCAGUGUCCUACAAUCCCAAGGUCUUGGGCCUGAGAAUCUGGAUUAUAAUGUGUUGUUCACGGUUCCUGCUCAGUACGAGCUUUUGGAGGUUGAGAGAUUCAGGACAAUUAUCAACUCUACAGGCUUUGGGAAGCAUACCAUUGGCGUCGCUCUAAGAGAGCCUGAAGCGGCCAUUCUGUAUACAACAAACCAUGGCGAAAAGUUUUGGAUGCCCGAAAACCAAUGCGUCAUCUUGUGUGAUGCUGGUGGAGGGACAGUGGAUAUUGCGUCGUACAAAAUCUCGCAACUGCAUCCAAAACCUAAACUUGAGCAAGUAGAUAUUGUGUCCGGUGAACCGUGGGGAUCUAUAAGAAUAGAUCGAAAGUUCAAAAGCUGGUUUUAUGAAAAAUGUAUAAACGAGGAGUGGCAGUCAUAUUUUCAAACAUCGCCGGAAGGGAAAAUGCAUUUGCAACGAAUGUUGCAAAGGUUUAUCGCCCAAAAAGAGGUCUUUGAUAAUAGCCCUUGGAGCGAGCACAUUACAAUUGAGCUCUCACCUCAAAAUCUUUCGGGCCCUCGUAUCCCCCCGGGAUCUGGACUAUUACGGAUCUCGAGGUCGGAAAUGUGUGGAUUUUUCGAAGAGUCCGUGAGUGGAAGCAUAAAUUGUUUGGAUAAACAUGUCAAGCGAUGUAUCGAAGAAGGGCUUCCGAUCAAGUCUAUAUUCUUAGUUGGCGGCCUCGGAUCGUCACCAUAUCUUCUCUCAAGGGUGAAAGAAUACACGGCGGGCUUGGCAGGGGAUAUUCAAGUAUUUUCACCUAUAAAUGCUGAAUAUGCCGUGAUAAGGGGAGCGAUAGAAUCCCACCAAGCCAACCUCCUUGGCUAUGAAGAUCAAAUUGCUACCAAACUUUGCCCGGCAAGUUAUGGAAUCAAAGCAAAUACGAUAUGGGAUCCUGUGAAACACAACGAAGAGCUAGAUGAGCAAUACAUUAACCCAUUGACGAAAAAACUUAUGGCCAAAAACCAAGUAGUCUGGUUAAUUAAGAAGGGAGAAAAAAUCACGGGGAAAAGAUUGGCAGAGCUCAAGGAGGAGUUUUCGAGGAGCUUUAAGAAAUCCCCAGAUGCGGUUUGGCAGGAUUGCAUUUUAAUGUGCACCCUAGAUGACCCACCAUAUCGUAUCACAGAAGAUGUAAAACAAGUAUGUGUUUUGAAAUCGGAUAUGACGGGCCUCCCAAAAGAUGUUUUCAAGAAGGAAAAGUCAGCAGAGCGCGGAUUCUUUUUCAGACGUAAACGGUUUUAUAGUUGCCAAUUCGACAUUGUAUUCAGUGUGGGGUUGACAGAUAUGGAGUUUGCUUUAUGGUUCAAAGAUAAGGUCCGAUCCGACUUGCUGAAGAUUUCAUGGACUGAACUAUAG